UGUCAAAAGGCAAGGGGGCGGGGAUUAGGAAGUGUACGGUUAGGUUGCCAUAUCUCCGAGCUGCUUCCGGUGCAUGCGCUGUGCUGCCCGCGGUAGUGAGGUGUGAUAAGCGAUGGAUGCCGAGCAGAGCACGGAGGGCGGGCAGAGCCAGGUUUCGGAAAACCCCCAUUCAGAAUAUGGGCUCAGUGAGAAUGUUGAGAGAAUAGUAGAAAAUGAAAAGGCAAGCACAGAAAAAGCCUCCAAGCAAAAGGUGGAUUUACAAGCCUUGCCCACACGAGCAUAUCUAGACCAAACUGUGGUUCCAAUACUUUUACAGGGUCUUUCAGUGCUGGCAAAAGAAAGACCCCCAAAUCCAAUAGAAUUUUUAGCAUCUUACCUUUUAAAGAAUAAGACUCAGUUUGAAGACCGAAGUUAAUAAAGUUUUGGGAUUUACUUCGACACAUGCCCUGCAGCAAAGGACUAAUUCUCCUUUCAAUAUUAUUGGACUCCACCAAAAUAUUUUUUUCAGCUGUAAUUGGUUUUAUUUAAUCUUUUACAUUUUGUUCCCCAUACCCCUGUGCGUUUUCUUUUUAAUAUGUAAAAUAAAACACAACCUGUUAAAGUUUAAUAGGCAAGAUUCUGGAUUA